GUCACACUGGCAAAUACCCAGCGAAAGUUUUGUUUAUUUUUUUUGGGGCCCCCAAUUCUGCUGCUGGAAAAAUGCUAAAUGCCAAGAUCGGCAAGGUCGGCAAAGUGCUGGUUUGCGGAAUGAAGGGCGUGGGCAAAACAGCGCUCAUCGAGCAGCUGGUCUAUGGGCACGUCAAUCCGGAAACAGAACUUCAUCCCACCAUCGAGGACAUCUACGUUGCCAGUGUGGACACGGGAAGGGGUGGAGCACGAGAGACCCUGCGCAUCUACGACACUGCCGGACUGCAGGGCGAACAGCAGCAGCUGCCGCGUCAUUACCUUCAGUUUCCGGACGCCUUCGUUUUGGUCUACGACCCUAUGGAUCCGCGCAGCCUGGACAUGCUGGCCGAUAUUAAGACUGACAUCGAGAAGCACAAGGAGAAGAAGGAGAUUCCCGUCGUGGUGUUGGCCAAUGUGCGGGCACGAGCAGCUCCCAAUCCCGUGGAAAAGGUCAUGGACCGCGCCAACAUAUGGUGCCAACGGGAGCGCAUCAAACACUAUACGGUGAACGCGAUGGAACGGCCUUCCCUAUAUGAGCCCUUCACUUCGCUGUGCGCCCGCCUGCAUCCAACACAGACGAAGAGCACCUUCCCUCAGCUGCGACAGGUGAUGCAAAACCGGCAGAAGAGCGAGGCCUAAGUGAUCUGAUAACCAUGACGGGAGCUAUAAUAUUUAAGUUUUAUUCAGGGGGCUUCCAAAAGAUUUGCUUGUGGGAUUCCCCUAACUGUACUUGUACUAUUAAUCUAACUAGUGUUUACUUGCCUUGUAUUAACACUGAGCUUCAAUGUGGGCCUGAGCUCGAGCCACUUGUACUUAUGACUAUCUGUUUGUGUGUGUCUAAUUGUAUCUAGUAUUUAUUACACCCAAAUGUCUUAUCUCA